UUAUUGGCCUGGUUUCUUCAAUGAAUUUGAAAUCCCAGAAAGAAGAAAUUUGGACUAGUUGAGUAAGAAACAAUGAGUUCUUUAGCAAUCAUACUUCCAAGCUUUCUCUGUCUGUUCAUUCUGUUAGCUCUCAUCAGGAAUUUUCAUAAACUAUGGUGGACUCCGAAUCGCUUACAGAGUCUAAUGGCUACCCAGCGAAUCACAGGUCCUUCUUACAAAUUCAUCCAUGGGAACACCAAAGAAAUCUCCAACAUGAAAAAGGAAAUUAUGAGCAGGCCAAUCAAUUUAUCACAUGACAUAUUAUCUGCUGUUCAACCUCAUAUUCACUUAUGGACCAAACUAUACGGUAAUACUCUUAUUUUUGUUUUCAAAUCUUAUUUCCAAAACCAGCAUAAAUAAGUUAUUGUAUAUAUGCAACGGGAAAUAUUUUUCUUCAAUGGCAUGGUUCUCAAGCUCAGUUAAUUACUAUGGAACCUGAGCUCUGCAAAGAGAUACUCAAUAACAAAGAUAGAGUUUACAUAAAAAAGAAGCCUCAAGGCUAUGUCAAGAAGCUAGUGGGAAAUGGCCUGGGGACUACUGAAGGUGAAAGAUGGACCAAAUUGCGAAAGGUGACCAACCAUGCCUUCCAUGGAGAGAGCUUAAAAUUUAUGAUUCCAGAGAUGAUAGCCAGUGCUGAGACAAUGCUGGAAGGGUGGAAAAAUCAUGAAGGAAAAGAGAUUGAGGUUUAUGAACAAUUUAGGUUGCUGACUUCAGAAGUGAUUUCCAGGACGGCAUUUGGAAGCAGCUAUUUAGAAGGAAAGAAUAUUUUUGAGAAUAUGGUGAAGUUAUCCUUUUUCUUAGUAAAAAAUUCUUCCACAAUCCUGUUUCCUGGCUUUAGUAAGUUCAUCAAAACCAGUGAUGAGGUUGAAUCAGAGAAGCUUGAGAAAGCAAUAUACAACUCCAUAGUAGAGAUUGUUAAAAAAAGAGAAGAGCUAGCCAUAAUGAGUGGAGAAGACGACAGCUUUGGGAGUGAUUUUCUUGGAUUACUUAUAAGGGUUCAUGAUGAUGCCAAUGAAAACCAAGGGAUUUCUAUAGAUGAUUUAGUUGGCGAGUGCAAGUCAUUUUACUUUGCUGGACAAGAAACUACUACUACAUUGCUUUCAUGGACCGUCUUUCUUCUGGCACAUCAUACAGAUUGGCAAGAGGAAGCAAGAAAGGAAGUCCUCCAAUUGUUUGGUCAACAAACUUCGGAUCCAGAUGGCCUUAACAAGCUGAAGAUAAUGAGUAUGAUCAUCAAUGAGUGUUUAAGGCUAUAUCCUCCUGUUCUGAACAUUGUGAGGAUAGCUAAAAGGGAAGUUAAACUAGGAAAGCUCAUUGUUCCGGCUAAUGUGGAAGUGCACAUUCCAACUCUAGCACUGCACCAUGAGCCUCUAUUCUGGGGUCAAGAUGUGCAACUUUUCAAACCAGAACGAUUCUCCGAAGGGGUUGCUAAAGCUACUAACAACAACAUAUAUAGGUGCCUUCUUACCCUUUGGAAUGGGGCCUAGAAUUUGUCCAGGUUUCAACUUUGCAACAACCGAAGCAAAGAUUGCUCUGUCAAUGAUUCUACAACGCUACUCCUUCACCCUUUCCCCUGGUUAUGUUC